CAUCAGUACACAUUUACACUCGCUCCCGCAAAAUUUUAGUAAAAUUUCAAAAUUUCUUGUUAAAAAACUCAUUUUAUGUUGUAAAAAUCUCGCAAAAUGCUGCGAUCGCGAAACAUGAACAUCGAUACGAAGAAACAAAGUGAUAAAAAGCGCAUUCCGAUUUCCUACGUGAUGAAACGGAAGAACGAACGCAUCAACGAAGUAAUUUCGGUUCCCGAUGUCGAGACCUUCAUUCCACGAAAUUAUGGAGAUCGGUUCAUUCCCCGUCGCUAUUCUGGGUUUGCUGACAUCAAUGUGGAUACUAUUCGGGCCAAAUGGAUUCAUCAAGAUAUCUUGCGGAUGAGAACUAAAAAAGGUUAUUGGCGACGUUACAAAAUGGAUCCGUUGUUGUGUGUGGCCUUCGAUGUUGAUUUGUCAGAAGCGCACUCGUCCGUGCUAAAGUUCAACGAUACCUUUUGUCAUGCAAAACUAUUGAAAGAGCCAUCGUUUCACAACUUGUUCCGCAAAGAUUGGCCGUGUCAACCACGUAAUCGACCUCUGGCGUUUGUCGAGGCAAUUCACGAUUUGCCGCGCUUAAAGAAAACAGUGGGACGACAAUUGAUCGAUUGGUCUGCCAAAAAUGAAAUUGCCGCAAUUUUAACUAAUAAAUUGGUAAUCUGGCAGCUCUUUACGGAAAAGACAAUUGCCUACUUGAUGAAUGACACAAAGGCAGUUGUCUACGAUUCGUCGGGCGAUUUUUUGGCUUUAGCGACGCGUUGUAAUGGCGAUGCUGUCAUCCACAUCUGGGACACGUCAAUUCAGGAUAAACGUUUUCGGAUACACAACGAGCAACUGAGUGCCUAUCCGGAGCUGGUCGACGACGAAGUUAGUUGUAUGGCAUGGAAUGCGAGCAUGAAGAUUUUUUGUGGCACCGAUAAUGGCUCUCUUUUCGUGUUCGACUUCAACGAUAACAAAAUAAAAUCCAUCCAAAAAGGAAUUCAUCCGGGACACUUGGUUUCAUUGAAAUUUUCUCAUCAAUAUCGGUACUUGGCAUCGUGCGACGACUCCCAUAUGAUCCGGAUUUGGUACUGCGAAGGCAUUCAUUUGCAACCGAAAUACUGUCUGAAGCGUCAUGCACCCAUUUACUUCGAUUUUCAUCCCUGGAAGGUGCACGAAAUGGUAAUUGGCGUCGAGAAACCCGCGGAAUUGUUCAUUUUUAACAUUGCCACGCAGGAAAUUGUGGCGUUGUACAAACAAUAUGCCGGCUGCUAUAAUGUUCGCAUCCACGAAGUGAGUUUCAGCAAAGUUACGGCUGAGCUUUUGCUGUGUUUGUGGUAUCGCGAAGAAGAAAAGAACAAAAUUUUAGUACUUAGUGCGAUGGAUCAAGUCGUUGAUGUGCUUGAAGCACACGAGGAUCCCGUUCAUAACGUCGUUUGGAGUCCCGAUGGCAAAGUUUUAGGAACCGCAAGUGAUGAUCAAACAUUCGUUUUAUGGAACUUUUUUGGUCUUCCAGCAAUCGAAGACCUUCCUUCAUUACAAAGAAUUCAUACUCCCCCCAAAACUCGCUUACGAAAAUGGACUUAUGAAGGAAAAUCCGCAUUCCAAACCUCAAUUCGUUAAAAAAAUUUCAUAAUUUAUUAUUUUUUUUUAGAAAAAAAUUUCUUGGCUGGCCAUUUUUUGUAAAGUUUUGUGAUAUUAAAGUCGUAAUUUGUUAUUUUUCA